AUGGCAGGCAUUGAGAAGAAUGGAAACAGCCGGUCUAGCACCAGCAGCAGCCGCCUACAGAGCAAAAAGCCCCCCAAUCUCUCCAUCACGAUUCCACCAGUGGAAGUAGAGGAUGAAAGCAGCCAAACUGUGCCUUUGCAAAAAAACCCAGUCUAUCAAAAGAGUGUGAGCCUUCAAGAGCCCAGAAUGAAAAGGCAAGACAGCAACUUCGAAAGACAUCCUGGCUUCCACAGGCAAACUUCACUGACCCAGAGUAUUCGCAAAGGGACGGCCCAGUGGUUCGGAGUCAGCAGCGACUGGGAGGGAAAGCGGCAGCACUGGCAACGCAAAAGCUUGCAGCACUGCAGCCUGCGCUACGGAAAACUCAAAGCCGCCUACCGAGAAAUGGAGCUGCCCAGCCAAGAAGUGCCUUCCUUCCAAGGCACAGAGUCCCCAAAGCCAGGCAAGAUGCCAAAGAUUGUGGACCCUUUGGCCCGAGGCCGUCCCUUCCGGCACCCGGAUGAGGUGGAUCGCCCUCGCACUCCACAUCCUGCCCUACCCCCGCUGACCCCUGGUGUCAUCUCCUUGACAUCCUUCAGCAGCGUUCGGUCUGGCUGCACCCGGGUGCCCCGCAGAAAAAGGGAAUCUGUUGCCCAUAUGAGUUUCAAAGCAGCUGCAGCAUUAAUCAGAGGCCACUCAGUUCUGGAGCCCUCCAUGCCAAAGCGAAGAGGCAAUAAACGGAGCUUUAUGUAUCCCAGCUUCCCGGAUGAGGACAUGGUGGAUGGCUUGGAGACGUUUGACUCCUCUUUCUUCAGUAAGGUCGACACACAUGAGGAGAUGUGUUCUAUGCCAGAUGAUGUGUUUGAAUCUCCGCCCUUAUCUGCGACAUAUUUUCGAGGACUCCCACAGCUAGAAGAAAGCAGAUCACCUGAGACCAAGCGGACACUUCAGGGUGCAGGAGCUGCCAAAGUCCUGCCGUCACCUGUAGCUGCCCCUCAGAGAGGCACACGGAUUGCUUCUAAAGUGAAACAUUUUGCCUUUGACCGCAAGAAGCGUUACUAUGGCCUCGGAGUGGUGGGCAAGUGGCUGAACAGGACGUAUCGCCGGAGCAUCAGCAGUGUGGUGCGGUCUCAGUUGGAGAUCUCAGACAGCCACAGACCCUACUUCACCUACUGGAUCACUUUUGUUCAUAUCAUCAUUACCCUGCUGAUCAUUUGCACCUACGGGAUUGCUCCAGUCGGCUUUGCCCAGCACCUGACAACAGCACUCGUACUGAGGAACAAAGGUGUUUAUGAGAGUGUGAAGUACAUCCAGCAAGAGAACUUCUGGAUUGGCCCAAGUUCGAUUGACUUGAUCCACCUAGGAGCCAAGUUCUCCCCCUGCAUACGGAAGGACCUGCAGAUUGAGAACCUGAUCCAGAAGGAGAGAGACAAAGAGCGCAAGUCAGGCUGCUGCGUCCAGAACGAUAACUCCGGCUGCGUUCAGACUCUGCAACAAGACUGCUCGGAAACAUUAGCCACUUUUGUGAAGUGGCCAGAUCAUAACCCUCCAGAUAUCGACUCCAGCGAUUCCAGUCUGAAAAGGUCUUCAGGAGCAGUGUGCCAUCAGGAUCCCAGGACUUGUGAGGAACCUGCUUCAAAUCGACCUCACAUAUGGCCUGAUGACAUCACCAAGUGGCCGAUCUGUACCUAUCAGGCCAAAAGUAACCAUACAGGCUUGUUGCAUAUGGACUGCGACAUUAAAGGAAGGCCAUGCUGUAUUGGUACAAAAGGCAGCUGUGAGAUCACUACUCGAGAAUACUGUGAAUUCAUGCAUGGCUACUUCCAUGAAGAAGCAACUCUCUGUUCACAGGUUCACUGCAUGGAUGAGGUGUGUGGCCUGCUGCCUUUCCUGAACCCAGAGGUUCCUGAUCAGUUCUACAGACUCUGGUUGUCUUUGUUCCUUCAUGCAGGAAUCGUCCACUGCCUGGUGUCAGUGAUCUUUCAGAUGACCGUUCUCAGGGAUCUGGAGAAGCUGGCAGGCUGGCAUCGCAUCACUAUUAUUUUCAUUCUCAGUGGCAUCACAGGCAAUCUGGCGAGUGCCGUCUUCCUUCCAUACAGGGCAGAGGUUGGUCCAGCAGGAUCCCAGUUUGGUUUGUUAGCCUGCCUUUUUGUGGAACUUUUCCAGAGCUGGCAGGUCCUCGAGAAGCCCUGGAAGGCUUUCCUGAACCUGUCUGGAAUUGUUCUCUUCCUCUUUGUCUGUGGCCUCUUGCCAUGGAUCGACAACAUUGCACACAUAUUUGGCUUCCUCAGUGGCCUCUUACUUUCAUUCGCAUUUCUACCCUACAUCACCUUUGGCACCGUGGACAAGUAUCGAAAGAGGAUCAUGAUCAUCGUCUCCCUGCUGGUUUUCGUUGGCCUGUUUGCUUCUCUUGUGAUCUGGCUCUACGUGUACCCCAUCAAUUGGCACUGGACCGAGUAUCUCACUUGCUUGCCCUUCACCACCAAGUUCUGUGAGAAGUAUGAUUUGGACCAGGUCUUGCACUGAUGGUGUCGGGAGGCUACUAAAUGAGCUUGUGGGAAACGAUUAGAAAC